AAUCCUUCCCUUCCCAAUUUCAUUAUUAAUUAAUUAAUUGUUUUCAUAUCUUUUUAUUUUCUCUCACUAGAAAUUAUCAUGUCUACUUCAUCUGAAAUUGUGGAUUCCGGCAGACUUUCCGGCCAAAACACUCCGGCCAGAACUCAUGGAAAGACUAGCUUCUCUCAAACUUGUAACCUUUUUUCUCAAUACUUGAAGGAAAACGGCAGUUUCCCGGAUCUUACCCUAGGUAUGAGGGCACCAUCAACUGCCACCAUGAAUUUGUUUCCCAUGGUGGAAACCCCACGCGCCGCCAUGCAGCAGCCAGCUGCCACCGCCGGACAGAAGCAGCAAGAUCAAUCGAAAACCAUGACAAUAUUCUACAAUGGUCAAGUCAUUGUGUUCAAUGAUUUGAGUCCUGAAAAGGCCAAAGAAAUAAUAAAGUUGGCUGAAAGUGGUGCUCCACAGAAACCACAAAAGCUUGAAGAGCCUUUGAAGAACACUGUUGUCAAUGCUUCAGAUCUUCCUAUUGCCAGAAAAGCUUCACUUGCUAGAUUCUUGGAGAAGAGGAAAGAUAGAAUUACUGCUCGAUCGCCAUACCAAGUUCAAGAAGUUUCGAAACAAGAUGAUAGCAAGUCAUGGUUGGGACUAGGUGCACAAUAGCAUGUCCCCGAUCAUAAUAUGUUUAUCAACGGAUUAAAAUCAUACUCUAUUAUUUUCGUGUUAGGAUGAUGGCGUUUUAUUUAUGUUUACUUUUUUACGGAUGGCCGGUUUAUAACAUUAUAUAUAUAGUAUCUAACAUGUUUUUACGUCUUUCAUGCUAUGAAAGAUGUAUAUGUAAUAGUUUUAAGUUUGAUAUGGUAUGGAUGGUAUACUAUUAUUCUUUAAA